GUCUCCCUUUUUUCCUCCCCAUAGGGCACAGAGUUCCGUGAAUUUCUUCUGGCAAAGCUUAUCAAUGCAGAGUAUAGCUGUUACCAUGCUGAGAAAUUUGCCAAGUUGGAAGAUCGCACCCGCAGUGCACUUUUGGAGAGCCUUUUUGAAGAACUGCAGAUUCGUAGCCGCAGUAUGAUGGGCCUGGCCUCAGGAGAAGAGGACAAAAUAGAGAAUGGUGGUGGUGGCUUCUUUGAGAAUUUCAAGCGGGUGAUCCGAGGCCGUAGCCAGAGCCUGGACACUAUGGGGAUAGCCAUGAAGAAGCAGCAGCAGCCCCCAGCAACUCUACCCAGCCGCCCAGCUACUGCAGGCCUUGCCCUCAACCAAAGUGUCGCCGAGGGUCCCAAGGCUAUUGCUGCGUCCUUUGCCCUGCCUGGGAGAAGCCCAUCACGCAACCGAGGCAGCCGCUUCAAUGGGAGACGUAGUAGUGCCAUUGGCAUUGAGAACAUCCAAGAGGAGAAGAGCAAAGAUGUGGCUGAAAGGAUACAGAAGGUAUUGGAGAGUCCUGGGCCUUUCUUUGAUCUCAAGUCAGAUGGUUCCUCCAGUCCGAGUUCACCAGAAUUCCCUAACAGGAAGAGCAACUUGUGUUCCUUCAGCAGAGGUCUCUCCAAUCAGACAUCAGGAUAUUGUGUGAUGCAGCCCCUGUCCCGUUCUUCAUCUAAUGUGAGCAGCUGUUGUAGUGGAGUCAGAGAGAAUGAAACAUCAGAGGAGGAGGAGAAUGAAGCGGAGUUAAUGUGUUCUCUUGAAGGUCCCCAGAAGCAGGAUUCCCUGGUUCAGAAUGCAUGGUUAGAUGACAGUGUCUGUACACCCAGUAGUACCAGCUCACCAGUAACUCAGCUGCUACCUUCUAGCAAUGCUGCAGGCUCCAUGGAAAAGGGGAAAAGCAGUAAAGUGGAUGCUCAACGUUACAGCCCAGCCUCCAUUUUAUGCUGUGUGUGAUGCCAUCGCUGGAGGGGUAUCUCAGUGCAUGCUGGGUAAUUCACAGGAUCUGCUGCUGAAGUGAGAACUCACAGCAGUUCACUUUGGAAUUCAGAGGAAACAAUGGUGGAUUCCCAGAAACGCCUCACCUGGCCCUUCUGCUUCAUUGACAGCUGCACCACAGGCAGUCAGGAAUCAGAGUCCAAAUGUGGCAUUUUACUCAUCCAUAUGUAUCAUUCCAAUUCAGCAACCUCAGGAGAGCGGAACCAAUCUAAAUCUUUAAAAAUAAGAGGGAGGGCUCUCCCAUCUGCCAUAGCUUUAGAAGCAAACAAAAGAGGAGUGCUUUUUUCUCUGUUAUUACAGCUAAAAUUUAGAUAUCCAAGAUCCCACUUGGAAGGAUUUGGGUGUCCUACAGGGCCCUUUCAAGAAGGCUGUAUUUGUGUUCAUUCUUCAGCAUGAAGGCCUCAAAAGAGGAAUAUAUCUUAGUGCUCCCAGGAUUAUACCUGGUUCAUAAGCAAAACAUCAGAACUGCAUUAUGCAGUAUAGGCAGGACACAUAGUGCCAAAGAGCAUGUGUGUGUGUAUGAGACAAAGAGCAUUUGUUUCAUUAUUCAUCAGAUUACUCAGAUCUGUUAAAUAUUUCACUGUACCACUGCCACCCUCUUCCCUGAGUCUUUGUGCCAUCAAGAACCAAAACCUGUAAAUGUGAAUCUAUGACUCCUUGUCCAAUGCUUGUUAUGUCUGUGAUGUGUCUUGGGCUUGCAAUAAAAGACUACUGUGACCAAUUCA